AUGGCCUCUGCCUCUCGCACUGUGCCCUCCCAAUCCAGCGUCACACCCUCUGCUUUGAUGGCUGCUCUUGCCAACCUCAACCUGUCGGCAGGUGGUGCUACUUUGUCGACCACGACCACGACAACAACUUCUAACACACUCCAUCUUCCAGCCUCAAAUACUAUUGGGGGUACCUCGACCCUUCCAGCGGCGGCGCCUCCUCCGGUAACUGCAGCCAGCACCGCGACCGUCGGGACCCCUAGCACGACCAGCAGCAUUACCAUUACCACCCCCGCCCCGUCGACUGCGGGUUCUACACCUGCAGCGACGACGACGAUGACAACCCCUUCCCGUGCUAAACGCCCGGUGUAUCGUAUCCCAAGGCCUGAAGACCUUCCUCGUCCCCGAAAUGUUUGGCCCCCUCAGAAUAAUUUCUAUGUCAUUACUUCGGGCCAGGAAGUCGGCCUGUUUUUUACCUGGAAUGAAACGGCGGAGCAGGUUAUCGGCAUUCCCGGAAACAAGUAUGAGUGGCGAGCAAACUAUUACGAUGCUGUUGACAUUUACCGCAAAGCCUAUGAUGACGACGAGGUUCACGUCACCCCCUCGCCAGCUCCCGCUUUGACGUUUCAAUUGAGGACGAGUGGGGCACCCUUGAUUGGUCUAGCGAUGACGAGAAUAGCUUUGUGA